GAGCCACUUUCUUGUAAGUUGAGGGUGAACUGAUCCGGCUUCGUUAAAAAAAAAUAAAAAUAAACUACCGUCAGAAGUUAGAAAUGAUCUGUCAACUGCCCCAUGAUAAUAUUUAUUAAAUAUUUGCGGUGGCGAUACUAAUAAAUUUAAGAAAACAUAAAAUUCAAAAUAAAAAAAUAACUAUGAAGCCUCAAGUAACAGAUUCAAAAACCAAUAUUGCUGGUUCUUCAGUAAUACCAUUAACGACAGUAUCAAAUGAAGCCAACGAAUGUUUGUUCGAAUACUUACAUGCUGAAAUAAUGAACUAUGUUGUUGGUAAAAAUUCCAAUGACUCUAAUUUAAAAGAAGGCGAGGAAAAUUUAUCAGAAUUAGAAUGGAUGGGUUUUGGUGUUGGUUAUCGUAUUAUUGAACGGUUGACUCGUGAAUGGGUACGUUUUAAAGACGAGUUAGACAUGAUUAAAUUUAUUUGUACAGACUAUUGGUCGUCGUUAUAUCAAAAGCAAAUUGAUAAUUUGAAAACUAACCAUCAUGGCACAUAUGUAUUACAAGACAAUGAAUUUAGAUUAUUAAAACAUUUAGCAAAUAAUACUAGUAACAAUAAACAAUAUUUACGUGAAUGUCCACGAUUAAUAUCAUUUACUUGUGGACUUUUACGCGGAAGUCUUGCUAAUCUUGGUAUCAGUAGUAUUGUCAAAGCUGAAAUAACUUUGAUACCAACUUGUAAAUUUCAUGUUGAAGUGCAAAGAGUUUAAUUUUAUUAAAAAUGUUUUCUUUUUAUAUUGUAAAUAUAUACUAUUAAUAAAAGAUAUUUAAAUAUUGAAACAAGA